AUGGCGACGUCGCAAAAGCGGAAACACAAAGAUGAAAAUGACGAUGCCAACGAAGAAGAAUAUGAUUUAAGCGAUGAACAACUUCACGAAAUAGUACGUAUGGUUCGAGCUAAUGAUGAUAUUGAAGUACCACCUACAGUGUUUAAUUUAGAUAGUGUUUGCGUGAAUAGACGUUUUAAUAACAAUGAAUAUAUUUAUGAGUAACAUAGGUGCAAAUAAUAUGACUACAUUACCCGGUUUUUUAGACAAUUUACGCCGUGUGUUUCAGUAUCUUAUUAAUUUGAUGUAUUAUAAUGCAAAUUCGUAUAAGGAUAAGGCUCGUUUCUACAUCUCUCGAGCACCGAGAACACCGUUUUCUACAGCUAUUUUAAAUGUCGAAGAUUUUACAACUCAAAUGUUUUUGAAUAUUUUUGAACGACAUAUGCAAAGUAACGCGCAGGAAAUUAUAAAUAAUGGGUGGUCUAGUGUUGUGAGUGUUUAUAUUUUUCCCAAUGAUUAUGUGCCAACAAAUGUGAAACGAAAGAAAACUAAUCAUCGUCUGUAUAAACAUUUGGGGCAAAAUCCAAAAGAGUCUGGAAGCGGUCGAAUUAUUGCACAAAAGCAUGGGCGUGAAGUGAGAAAUGGGGUAUUUCAGGUGGUAUCGGGCACAACAAAACAUUGUUUUGCAUUGGCGUUACUUGUGGGGAAAUCUUUUUUACAAAAGGAUAAAUAUUUUGACAUAUUGGAUAGGAAUAGAAACGCUGACUUGACGAAACUGUAUACAACGGACGAAAUAAAUGAUGUUUACAUUGCGGCGGGGUUACCUGUAGGGUCUGUGCGUGUUGAUCAGUUAUUUUAUGAGAAAUAUUUGGCUGUGGAUGAUAUUCAUUUGGUGGUUUUUUCUAAAUCCUUGGAUGACAGUAUUGUUUAUAUUCUCGGCUAG